UCGGGCUGGGGACCGCGCGGAGUGGUCAGGCCAGGGGUAGCUCCUGGUUCAGUACCGCAGGCAGGAGACCCAGGAAGAGUAGGGGAGCCCCUUAGGCCCCCACGGAGCCUUUUUUCCAGGCUGGGAUUCGAACUAACAGUAAGCAUUCUAGUGUUUAUUACUGAACUAUAUCCCCAGGCCUGUUUUAUCUUUAAAUGAAACAAGAGGAGUCACCGAAAUUCAACCAAAGGUACCUAGACGGCCAAGACUAAUCCUAGAGAAAGCACUGCCAAUAAGGUCCUGGUGGUGAUGUGGACCAAGAGCGAGGUGCCCCUGGGUUGAUGGCGGUGAUGGUUCUUGUCUUGGAGGAGUCGCAGAAAAUGAUUUAUUAGGAAAAGCUGUGGAGCUCUUGGACAUGCAAACGUGGAGACCGUGAUCUCGAAGGUGGUCGUUAGACCGCAAAGCACAGUUGUAGGUAGAUGCUGUUUGAGGCACCUGGACAUAGUUUAGUGUUCGAGGGAAGUUAGAACUGGACACAUGCGAGCUGCAUAAACCUGGCAGAGUGGGUAAAGCCUUGGUCUUCACCAACAUCUUGGAAAAACUACAGACAGCUACAGAAGACGCUCUAGAAAUGACGCCUGCGGGUUCCUCUGGGGAGCCGAAGGAGAACAUCAGCACUGGAAUGGCCAUAGUUGGAAUCAUGAUACUAAUAAGAAGUGUUCGACUGACAUCAAAAUUUACAACCUCUUCAGAUAUUCCAGUAGAAUUUAUAAGAAAGAAAGUUAAACUACGUGGCCGAUUACACCGGAUAACUGAGUGUGGUCUGGAAAUUGAACAUAUUCCUAUUACGUUGCCUUUUAUAUCUUCAUGGAAAAAGGAGCCAUGUGGGCUUUUGUUGGUUAAGCUGGCUGGAGUAGAACUCACUGAAACUGGUAAGAUCUGGUUACAGAACGAGCUUAAACCUUCCCAGAUGGUGUGGUUCCAGCUUCUUGGAAAGGAAAAUGCGGUACUCUUCUGCUACCUGUUAGUGAACAAGGGUGGAUAUUUUAAUGUGAAUCUGAAUGAGGAAAUUUUGAGAAGAGGCUUGGGCAAAACUGUUCUAGUUGAAGGGCUAAAUUAUGACUCAAAAACCCACUGGGAAGUCCACAGAAACUUACUUACAGCUGAAUUGACAGCCUUAAAGAAAGGAGAAGGGAUAUGGAAGGAAGAAUCUGAAAAAGAAAGUUAUUUUGAAAAGCUCAAAGAUUCCUGGAGAGAAAGAUGGAAAAAGGACAAUUGUUUAAAAACAACCGGACCAGAUUUCAGCUUGACCAAAGAAAGUUAUUCUGACAGGUUUCGGAGGGCUUAUGGAAGCUGGAAGGACAACGUUGGCAACUUCUCUUUAGUUCUGAAACUCAGAGAACUUGUGAGCCGCUUACACUUUUGGAGAAAAGGAUGAAACAUCCUUCAGGUCUAGAGGUGAUCUCUGAAGAGUGAUAUGCAUCACUAUAUGACCACUUUUUGUUAAGUCAGAAUGGAAAUUCCUUCAGGUGACCAAAAUUCUAGUCUAGUUGUCCUUAAAUAUUAAAGACACUGUUAAUAUCAAAAUCAAUUUGAAAGAAUUAUGAUCAAUGUACUAUACUUUCAGGAAAAAUGACACACUAUAGAAAGUUACCUGGUAGGAAGAUAUAUAUAACUAAUGUUUUGCUUUUUCCUUCUCUCUCCCUGCCCCCUAGUGCUAGGGAUUGAACUCAGGGCCUCAUGCCCUCUGAACUACCUAGCACACCACUACUGAGCUACACUGAUAGCCCUGUAUUGUUAAUAUCUCAAGAGAAAAUUUAAGUGUUGACUGUCAAAUUAGUUAUUUUGGGCAGCCAGAUUUAAUAUUUAUUUUUCAAUUUCAUCAGCUUUAUAA